AUGGCCGGUUUACGGAUUGGCGUGUUAAAAGAAAAACUUGUCUCUUUAUGCGCCCUUACCGGUGUAGGUAGCACGGGAACCAAGCAGGAACUCAUGACGCGGUUAUUGGCCGAAACUUAUAGUGGCCAGUCUUCCUGCAAUGACGUCAAAGGAUCAUCAGCCUGCAAACCCCCUCACUCCAAACGUCUUGUCAAGGUGGUGUCUAUUGAUAUGGGCAUUCGUAACUUAUCCAUUAGUCAAUUUCUAUGGCGUAUCCCAGCCAGCAAUCAAUUUUAUUUCCCACCUCAGGUUACAAGAGAUUUAUCUGGCAAAGUGAACCAAGGUAUUAUCGAAAAACAUCAAAGCCUGCUGGAUCAGGCAUUGAUUUCUACACCCUCAGUCCUCGAACUGAUAGGCCGGCCCUUCUUAAAAGAAGAAUCACCCCAUCUUAUUUACUGGGACCGCUUAGACCUUGAUACCAUGUACAAAGGGGAGAUUGCAAUCAAUGGCUGGGAGCCAUAUGGACCUGCGCACAUUUCUUAUAUUGCUCAGAAUCUAUUACACGACCAAGUUUUGAUGAACACACACGAUGCAGAUGACAUUGUGCUUUUACUUGAGCGGCAGCGGUUUCGGAGUGGUGGUGCAUCUCAAGUUCUUGAAUGGACUCUCCGUGUCAACAUGCUUGAAAUUGCAUUAUUUUCCGGUGCCACCACUGUUAGAUCGAAUUCAUUGCACAAUGGAGGGAAUAGUAAGAGGAAUGGAAAGGGAGUAACUGGAAUACAUGUCUAUAGCAUUGCACCGAAACGAGUUGUAGGAUACUGGCGUGAACAGUUCCCGAUGCUGGAAGUACAAGACUCGGGGAAUUCAUACCGAGACAAUAAGCAGUGGAAAAUAAAUGUUGCUGCAAGGGUAUUAAGUAAGAGUCAAGAUCAAGGAAAUGAUAAUGGGAAAGGUGUGAUAAGGUCUACGUUUUUAAUUCCACAUGUUGAAAAUUCUGUUACAGAGCAAGUUCGAGUUAUAAAAGAGGCUGGUUGGGGAAGUUUUAAAGAAGAAAGAAUAAGGAAUGAAGAAACUCUGAAGAUAAUUAAAGAGAAGAAGGAAGAUAAAAAGAUAAAAAAGACAUCUAAGAAGAUUAAAGUUGAUGAUUUAGCAGAUUCAUUUUUGCAAGGAUUAGCUUGGAUGGGGUUCCAGCGAGGGAUUUGGAAUAUGUCUGCAAUUAUAGGCAAUGAUCUGGAGACUUAA